CCAAUGUUCUAUUUUCGUAUGUCAACGUUCUUGCAGAUUUUUCGUUACGAAUAGUUCACCAUGAAUUUUUGGACCAAAUUGUUUGUUGUUUGGAAGUUGGUCAUUCUUCAACUCUCUCGAAAACUUCAGGCUUCCAAAUGUCAAACUUCAAUCAGUGGAAUCGCACUUAUUGACUACACAUUUAUGGUCCUUUACGACAAGAAUAUCCAUACCUGCUACGUGGAAUGCAAGAGGUACAAAGCAUGCCAGAGCAUUAACUACUUCAGAGCUGGUGGCUUGUGUCAUUUAAAUAACAGAUCCAUAACAACAAAACCCGAGAGACGGGUGGUGAUGGCAGACUCUGUCUAUUUUGAACAUCCAGAGCCGACAGCCAUAGGUUCCCACAAGGAGUCUCCUGCUGAAUCUUGCAUGGAGAUCAAGAGAGUCGGAAGCAUUGUGAACAGCGGAUUUUAUUGGCUCAAACAUCCUCUGACCAAUAUAAUUUCUCAAAUAUACUGCAACAUGCUAACUGGAGAAGCUGAUGGUUGUUUCUCAUCGCCCUGUAAAAACCAAGGUACAUGUACGAACAAGAAACAUGGCGACUACAACUGCUCUUGUACCGUCGCAUUCACAGGGGCUAAGUGUGAAUUACCCAGAG